AUGGCUAAAUCUACAAGAGCAACUAAAAUGACUACAGUUCCUAGCAGCGCGAAGCCUGCGAGUGUUCAGACUAGUGAAGACGUUUCUAUACGAUCGAAUGAAAUAGAUGAUGACCAUGAACAGCUAUUAGUUCGAGAUGGCGUCGUAGUUGGGCUACAGCAACCAAACGGUCGUUUUGUAGAUGAAACUGGAGUGCAGGUGCCAACAUCUGUUGUACAUACAACUCCCCGUACACGAAGGAUUGUGAUUGAAAGUUCCAUAGAGAGUAGCAGAGAAUAUGAGCCAUACAUCCCUACAACUUUGCCGGGAGUAGCAGAUGAAGUCGAAUCUUAUCCCUGUCCCUUAUGUCCUGACAGAGUAUUUUUGACGUCUUUUGGUCUCGAGAAACAUUCCAUGGAGAUUCACCAAGAUCAUCUUAAAGAG